AUGAACAUUCCUGAACUUAGGCAGGCGUUGUGUGGGAGCGUGGGUGCCAUUCUAUUUGGAGCAGUUCAGCCAGUAUAUGGUUUUGGAAUGGGGUCUAUGAUAUCGGUGUAUUUCUUGGUUGAUCACGAUGAGAUUAAACACAGCACAAUGAUUUAUUCAUUGUGGUUUGCGAGUCUAGCAGUUUUCACGAUGACAAUAAACAUCAUUCAACAUUACAAUUUUGCAGCCAUGGGUGAGUACUUGACCAAGAGGGUCCGCGAAAAGAUGUUGUCAAAGAUACUCUCAUUUGAAAUCGGGUGGUUCGAUAAGGAAGAAAAUUCAACCGGAGCCCUCUGUUCCAGACUUGCUAACGAUGCAAAUGUGGUGCGAUCUUUGGUGAGUGAUCGAUGUUCACUUCUAAUUCAAACAUUCUCUGCUGUGACGGUUGCUUUCAUAUUAGGGUUGGUGAUCGCAUGGAGAUUAGCGUUAGUUAUGAUCGCUGUUCAGCCGAUUGUAAUUAUAGGUUUCUAUAGCAAACGAGUUUUGUUAAAAACCAUGUUACAAAAAGCCAUGAAAGCACAGGAAGAAAGUAGCAAGCUCGCAGCCGAAGCGGUCUCGAAUUUGCGCACAGUUUACUGCAUUUUCAUCUCAGCCACGAAUCCUGAAGAUGCUCCAACUGGGAAAUUGAUUAGCGCCGGUCAUCUUGGCGCCAAAGCGCUUUUCCAGACGUAUUUCAUCUUAGUAAGCACAGGCAAGGUGAUUGCGGAUGCUGGGACCAUGACAAACGACUUAGCCAAAGGGUCUGAUGCGGUGCAGUCUGUGUUUGCAGUUUUAGACCGUCACACAUUGAUAGAACCUGAAGACCCUGAUGGUGAAAUUCCUAAGAUCAUUAUAGGCCACAUAGAGAUACGCGAUGUGGACUUCGCGUAUCCUGCUCGGCCUGAUGUCAUGAUAUUUAAAAGGUUCUCAAUCGAUAUUGAAGCUGGGAAAUCAACUGCAUUGGUGGGACAAAGUGGGUCUGGGAAAUCAACCAUCAUUGGGUUGAUCGAACGUUUGUACGACCCUUUGAAAGGAGUUGUCAAAGUUGAUGGAAGAGAUAUAAGUGAAUCAGAAGUCAUUGAGGCUGCCAAAGCAGCCAAUGCUCAUGAUUUCAUUGCGGUUUUGAAAGACGGAUAUGAUACACGGUGUGGUGAUCGAGGGGUACAACUCUCCGGAGGACAAAAACAACGUGUUGCAAUAGCUCGUGCCAUAUUGAAAAACCCAACGGUUUUUGUUACUGGAUGA